CGCAGAUCCUGGAGAUCGAAAGUUCUCGUCGUCUUGAGAAAUGAGUAGUAGCGGGAAUGUUUGAACGAAUUUUGCUGCUGAUCAGAUGUGAACAUAAUUAAAGAUUGAGGGGAGAGUACCCAGUUGAUAAAAAUUCAGAGAAGUUGGGAGCAAAGAUGGCUGGCUCUCGGAGUAUGAGCAGUGGGAUGCAAGAUCGUCUAAAUCUGAGAGUUGCACCCCCAUCCCUCACAGAUUUUGAUGAUUCUGAUGCAGUGCCUGCAGCCAACGCCCAAGCUCUGAUGCAGAUCCAGCCAGCGGGCUUGCACAAAGAUGUCAUCUUGAUCUCUCUGCUGAAGGGGUGGUGUGAGGCUAACGGGAAGAGCACAAGCAAGAGUCAAAGACUCUACAAGAAAAUGUUUCGCAAAUUCCAGGAGCACCAGGUUAUAUCUCCUGCACACAUUGAGGCUCUCAAGCAGUGUAACUAUGACUUCCUCUUGAAGACGCUGGUGUCGUGGUCUCUUUCUUCGUCAAGCGAUGAUGCACCAGAUGGCGGUGCUGUAUUGCCCUUUACACAUUUUAUGCCGCUGCCAGAUCACGAUCAUUCAAGCUUCUUCCAUCAGCGCUAUGAAGAAGACUUCAUCCAAAAAGAACCCAUCGGUGAGGGAGGCUUUGGCAAGGUGUACAAGGUUCAGCACAAGCUGGAUAAAGAGCACUACGCUAUUAAGAAGAUCAAAGUUACAAAGAGGAAGUCAUGCUCCCUUCAGUCUAUGCAGAGAGAGAUAAAAACCCUAGCCUGCCUGGACCAUCACAACAUCGUAAGGUAUCAUCAGUCUUGGUUUGGAGAAGAGGUUCAGCUGCUUUCUCAACAACGUCUUAUGCUGGGCCUCGGAUCCUUCACAGACAUGGACAAUGGUUUCGAAGGAGAAGAGGACGAUGAGGAGGAGGAGGAGGAGGAAGAAGAAGUUGAAGAAGAAGAAGAAGAAGGAGAGGAACAGGAGGGGACAGAGAAAGAUGAAGAAGAUUCGUUCUAUGAAAAGUCAAAGAAUAUAUAUUCUUGCCAAGAGAAUGAAAGCAUUAGCAAACUUGGUUCUACAUCACCAAUCAUAACAGAACUUGUAGAAACGAGGAGUGAACGUCACUCCCAACAAACUAGUAUGACCGUCUCUAUGAAUCCAGCAGAAACGGAUCCGUUUGAUUCAAACUUUACUGUCUCAUUUGAGGACGAGAGAUUUGACAGUGGUGAGUUAGUCAACAAAUUCUUCUCACAAACAAGUGAUAAUGUAGACAACAUCAGGCCCUUGGCAUUCAACAAAAAGGAGGAAGAAUUCGAUGGAAUAAGUGAUAGUUUGGACUCAUCUGGAACUUCUGGUAGCACAAUUAUUUUUCAGAAUGUUGAUUCAGAUGCAAAGGACUGUGAUGAAUUCAAUUUGCCGUCUCUCAAAGAACAGAACUCAUCUGAAUUUGAAUUUGUAAGACAAUCGCAGCGAACUGAAAAGCACAUUGGAACCUCGUCCAAGUCCGACUCCUACGAAAAAAUCAAAAUCACUGCCACGACAAAGUCAAAGAAGAUUGUGAAAAGUACGCUUAUACCUGUUACGUCAGCAACUGCUGCAAUUCUAAGCACAAUAACAUCAUCGCUUAGCUCGUCAACUCGCAUUCACAAUAGGAUUCGCACUGCACCUUUCCACUCACAGCAGCCAAUUCGAAAUGGUAAAUUUCGGAGGUCAAUCAGUUGGGAUGGUCAAGAGUCUAGUCCUGAAGUCGAUAAUGGGUAUUGGCCCCGAUCAAGGCCGUCCUUCAAGAGACGUUACUACCUCUACAUCCAGAUGGAGCUGUGUUCAAGUACCCUGAGAACGUGGCUGAGUGAGCGCAACGAGAAAAUAUCAAAAACUGAGAAUCAGUUUGAUGUAGUGAAUGAGAAAGAGAAUCAGAACAUCUACGUGCAAAUCCUGGAGGGGAUGAACUACAUCCAUGGACGAGGCAUACUACACAGAGAUGUGACACCUAAGAAUAUAUUCUUGAGUAACAAGGAUGAUGGCCACCCUCUGGUCAAGAUAGGAGACUUUGGACUAGCUAGGGAGGAUGUCCUCACUGAGCCCAAGACCCCUAUGAGGUUUAGACGGGACCAAGACUUUGACGAGUGUUCUGUAGACCCCUGUGUCUCUCAGACCUAUACAUCAGGGAUCGGAACAGAAACAUAUGCAGCACCAGAACAGCUGGAUGGGACUACAUAUGACAACAAGUCUGACAUGUACAGCAUGGGACUGAUCCUAUUUGAGCUUUACCAUCCUUUUGGAACAGGCAUGGAGAGACACAAGUGUUUAGAAAAGUUACGAGCAGGAAACAUUCCAGAAGAGUUACAGAAAAGGUGGCCAGUACAGCACUCUGCUAUCCAAUGUCUGACAAGACAAGACAGUCAAGAAAGACCCAGUGCGUCUGAUCUCUUAUCUGGUGAUAUGUUCCCAUCAAAGGAUAAGAUCAUAGAAAGCCAAGCAGAUGAGAUCCAGACACUCAAGAAACUGCUCGCAGAGAGAGAUGCUGAGAUCAGUCAGUUGAAAGAGCAUAAGAAUCCUAAGAGUGCUAAGACGUAAAAGAACUAUGUCAUCAGACUGCAGAACCAGUGGUCAACAAUAGGAAUAGGAUUCCUAAGACGUAAAAGAACCAUGUCAUCAGACUACAGAACCAGUGGUCAACAAUAUGAAUAGGAUUCCCAAGAUGUAACAGAAUCAUGUCAUCAGACUGCAGAACCAGUGGUCAACAAUAUGAAUAGGAUUCCUAAGACGUAAAAGAAUCAUGUCAUCAGCCUGCAGACCAGUGGUCAACAAUGUGCAUAGUAUUCCUAAGACAUAAAAGAACCAUGUCAUCAGACUGCAGACCAGUGGUCAACAAUAUGAAUAGGAUUCCUAAGACGUAAAAGAACCAUGUCAUCAGCCUGCAGACCAGUUGUCAACAAUAUGAAUAGGAUUCCUAAGACAUAAAAGAACAAUGUCAUCAGACUGCAGACCAGUGGUCAACAAUAUGAAUAGGAUUUCUAAGACGUAACAGAACCAUGUCAUCAGACUGCAGACCAGUGGUCAACAAUAUGAAUAGGAUUUCUAAGACGUAACAGAACCAUGUCAUCAGACUGCAGACCAGUGGUCAGCAAUAUGAAUAGGAUUCCUAAGACGUAACAGAACCAUAUCAUCAGACUGCAGACCAGUGGUCAGCAAUAGGAAUAGGAUUCCUAAGACGUAACAGAACCAUAUCAUCAGACUGCAGACCAGUGGUCAGCAAUAGGAAUAGGAUUCCUAAGACAUAAAAGAACGAUGUCAUCAGACUGCAGACCAGUGGUCAACAAUAUGAAUAGGAUUCCUAAGAUGUAACAGAACCAUGUCAUCAGACUGCAGAACCAGUGGUCAACAAUAUGAAUAGGAUUCCUAAGAUGUAACAGAACCAUGUCAUCAGACUGCAGAACCAGUGGUCAACAAUAUGAAUAGGAUUCCUAAGACAUAAAAGAACGAUGUCAUCAGACUGCAGACCAGUGGUCAACAAUAUGAAUAGGAUUCCUAAGACAUAAAAGAACAAUGUCAUCAGACUGCAGACCAGUGGUCAACAAUAUGAAUAGGAUUUCUAAGAUGUAAAAGAACCAUGUCAUCAGACUGCAGACCAGUGGUCAACAAUAUGCAUAGGAUUCCUAAGACAUAACAGAACCAUGUCAUCAGACUGCAGACCAGUGGUCAACAAUAUGAAUAGGAUUCCUAAGACG